AUGGUCAUGCAAAGAGAGCAAACUCUACCAACUCACAUCAACAGUACCUUCCUAAAUUCAAACUCAAAUCAAAGCAACCAACACCAAUCACAAGAAAACAACAGCAAUGAUGUAGAAACACCUCUUGAUGAUAUCCUUGCACGUUUAGAAGCGCUUCUCACGCUGCUUGGUUUCAACCAGUCAUCAUUGUUGAGCUUCACCGUGUCUUGGACAGCUUUCGUGGCAGUGGGAGUGGCGGCACCACUAGUGGCGCUUCAGGUAUAUGACACGGACAAGAAUCAAAUAAAGGGUUUUGAAAUUGGCAUUGUUGCAUUUCAGAGUUGUCUGGCUGCUAUGUCGGUGCCAAAGUUUGAUGUGGAAAAGUUUGAUGGAUCCAACGACUUCAGUUUAUGGAAGCUAAAGUUGCAGGCAUUGCUAGACCAGCAAGGUCUCACAAAGGCGUUGGAAGACAUAGACAAAUUGUCAUAA